GCCCCCUUCCCCGUUCCGUGAGCGCCCGCACGACGCAUGCGCAGCCCGGGAAGUUCUUUCUGGGUUCUGAGGUUUGGUCCACGCGGGUUCUUUGCUGCUGCUGCGUCUGGCGAGCGGCGGCGAUGCUUUUCUACUCAUUCUUCAAGUCCCUGGUAGGGAAGGACGUGGUGGUUGAACUGAAGAAUGAUUUGAGUAUAUGUGGGACCUUGCACUCCGUGGAUCAGUAUCUGAAUAUCAAGCUCACAGACAUCAGUGUGACCGAUCCAGAGAAAUACCCUCACAUGUUGUCCGUCAAGAACUGCUUCAUUCGUGGCUCCGUCGUCCGCUACGUCCAGCUUCCAGCCGACGAGGUCGACACGCAGCUGUUGCAGGAUGCUGCCCGCAAGGAAGCUUUGCAGCAGAAGCAGUGAGGGCGCCUCCUGCUUUCAUUUCCCUCCCUCCCCCUUUCUGCACUGCGUGGUUUUCCUGGGAAAGAGUUGAAUGGAGAUGUGGGGAAGCUAGACCCAGCUUCCAUACCUGCCCCCCGUGCCAUCGAAGCUGCCACCAAUAUUCUGUGUGCACACACACACACCCCAGUCCUGCAACCGUUGGAAGGCAGAAUGCGUGUCCCAGGCUAGAGUUGGUGCCUGCCUCCUAUGGGCUGGAUCCAGACUUAUGAUUCACCCUUGCAGAAGGCCCAUGGGAAUCAAUAGGAAUUUAGUCGCGGCUACCUGAAAUCCCGUCGAUUUUGGUGGGUCUGCUCCAAGCGCAUCGAAACCCUGCAAGAAGCAACAAAUCUGGUUUCUCUUUUGCUUUAAGUUCAAGGAGGUUGUCUGUACACUCCUGUUCUGGUUGGGACGCAGAACCCCCUUCCAUGGGAAUGGCAGCGACUUUUUUUUAAAAGUAAUUAUUUUGAGCCAGUAGUUCAAUUUCCCAGCCCCUGCAAAAGCUUUUCAUCUGUGGCAUUGUUCAGUAGUGGGAAACGUUACUUCUUCACAGGGGGGGCUAAUAUCCCACCAUAUGUCCUUUCCGGGUUUCCUCCCCAUUGUUUUUGUCCUUCCUUCAUUUGUUCUCCUACCUGUGUUGCCAGUAGAGGCCACAAUCCUGUGGGUAUUCUAGGUGGUGCAGACUUGAGUUCUGCGAUCUAUAAAUUCCAAUUAGCAGUACUGGGGGUGGUUCAGAUUCUGUGGCAAUGCUCCUUUUGGCCAGCAGAGGGUGCCCCAGGGCCAGCCAACUUUCUCUAAGCAAACUUGGGUUUCUAGCUGUUUUUGGACUACAACUCCCAUCAUCCCUAGCUAUCAGAACCAGUGGGGAGGGAUGAUGGGAACUGUAGUCCAAAAACUUCUGGGGACCCAAGUUUGGGAAACCCUGCUUUAUAGCAACUUUUGUGUUUGGCCCGCAAAUACGGGACCUGCCCAUGUUUGUAUUUUCUAGUAUUUUGUUUUCCUCGUGUAUUUUUUUUUUUAAAGAGGGCAAAUUGAAAGAGAAAUUGUAUGUAAAGUUGCGGAAGAAUAAAAGGUUGCAUUUGAAAGAU